AUGCGCGCUCAAUGCACCUCUCGUGCUUCUGCGUCGGCGCGUCCUCUAACUCCAUGGCGUUCACAUCUGGGCCCGAACGCGCCGUCGUUUGCCGGCCAGAACCCCCCAGAACUGGACGAUCGCAUCUCCCUGGAGGGACCGAGUGACUUAACAAGGAGGACCGAAUGUCACCCGAGUCCUCCCCACUGGCCCCUGGCUCCCGACAGAGGCCACAAACUCCUGACGGACGCCUCGCUGUCUGUUUGCCCGUCUUCUUCGCUGUCGUCUUCCUCUCCGUCAGCUGUUGCCUUUCCUUCCGACUCUUUUCCCGCUCCUCCCGGCCCCUCGUUUCCUGCUCGUUCGUCCCCUUCUUCGUCGUCGUCUUCCACUUCGCCUCACCGCGUUCCAGUUCCGUCUCCAGAUCGGGGAGUCCACGAAGCCGCGCCGGGGGCGGGCGCCUGGCAAAAUCGUUCUUUCGCUCGCCGUGAGAGCAGUCUCGAACCUCCACCGAGACGCGAGAUGUGCGGUGGAGACCUUUCAGACUCAUCUUCGACUGCCUCCUCGCUUUCUUCUUCCGAGCGCGACGACGUCCUGCGCUGCAUUCGUCCUCUUCGACUUCCCCCGUCCCUCCACUCCUCUGAUGCCAAAGAGAGACCACGGUCGGAAGAAGCCCGUCCUGGAGGAGCGCCACUCGGGCAACGAACGCCUGGAACCGAGUCCGUCCAUUGCCCAUACGACGCCGUCCCUGUCGUCCACGCGUCUGUGUCUCCGUCCAAUAGGCCGCCUCUCCCGGGAAGCCAGUUGGCCCCCUCUGCACACCUGAGAGGCGAGAGUUUUCGUUCCUCGCCGGCGUCGAGUUUCGGAGCCGACACCACGCAACGUUUGCCUGGUCGCCAAUCGCUCCAAGAGACCGAAGAUGCGCUUUCUGGAUUGUCGGGAGACAGAACGUUUCUUGCGCGGUUGGCGGAGGCCAGGCAAACACAUGCCGAAGAAGAAACGAAGACCGACUCCAGUCCGGAAGCACAGGGGCAUUGCUUUGCAGAGACGCGUGACAGAACGCGCAGGCGUCCGGCCUCCUCGAGGCUGCCAACGUUUUUUCUCGCCCCCACACAGUCUGACCUCGGACACGUUCCGAGUUCGUCUUCGAGUUCUUCCUUGUCUUCCGCUUCUCUCGCGUCUUCUCUCCCUUCUCGCCCGCCGGGGUGCGCUGAAUCCGCGGACGCAGCCGCGGAUUCUCUCUCGCCGACGCCUGCGUCUCCACCCGCCGAUGGAUCUUCUCUUGCAUCUCCAGAGACCAUUCCUUCUUCUGCGCUGCCCCGCCGCGCCACUCUCCCGUCCUUGCCCACUUCGUCCCUCUCGCCCAGCGAUGCACCAGGCACCGGGCUGGGGCCAGGGUGCGCGGUUUCCGAGGUUUCCGCGGGGCCUGCCGCCAACGAGGGGACAGUUGGGGACACAGAGCAUCUCCGGCGUUUCCAGGCGUCGCGGGCGUCAGUGCGCUUGGACCGCGCGCCUCUGGAGCCUCAAAACAGUCGCGAGGCUGCGAACGCUGUGGAGCUCGACCCUCUCGGCAGAGGUUGCGCGGAUUCCCCCGAGGCGGUCUCUCGACCGGCAGAGGGUGCCUCGCCGCUCUCCGCUCUCCAGCAGAAUGAAGCUUUUCGUUCGUAUUCGUCGCCCUCGUCCUUCGAAGCGAGGCAACCCAUUCCGCAGCGAGGCGCCGCGUCGUUUUUCCUCCAGAGCUCUGCCGUUUUGUGUUCUCAGGAAACGGACACUGCAGAGCGGCAGUGCCUCGGGCCUCCGCCGCAUGCCUGCGCAAGUUCCGACUCCGGUCAAAGUCAUGCAGAAGAGCGACAACUUGUCCUUUCUUCCUCGCCUUGCUCUUCGUCAAUGGCUCUUUCCUGUCCCCCUGCCGAGCCCUCUUUCCCCGAUCCUUCCUGCGCGCCGUCUUCAGACCACGCAAAUGCGUGGCAGGAGUGCAGCGAAGCCUCCCUACACGCGGGCGCCCAGUGCGUGCCACGGCCUAACCUCGGCAAUCUCUUCCGCCAGUGCGCGGACGACGAAAGCCGCUGGACAGAGGCGUCAGAGCAGCCUCCCACUGGGGCUGAAAAUGGACAGGCGAGCCUCCCGCGAGUUGAGGAAGGUCCACGUGCCCAAGGGGACCUCUACGCGAAUCCUACCGUGACCGAUACGCGAGAUCCAACUUGCACGGAUCCUAGCUGUUUCACCAGCGCCGGCAGCAGCUCAGCCGAGAUGCCUCCCCAAGAUCAAACGUUUGUUCACGGCAGCCAUUACAGUCUCCACGACAACGAGAGAUACACGCUGAAUCCAGAUCCCGCGAACCAAGGUUUCCCUGCGCCUGGCGAAUACUGCGGGAACAGCCCAUUCCCCGGCGCGAUGCAUGACGCUAUCGGGAACGGCAAGGCGCCCCUGGGUUCUAACACUGCACCCGACUCCUGGGGUUUCUGUUUUGGGCAGAAAAGCCCUUUUGUUGAAGCGCAAACUUCAGACAGAGACGCUCCUUCCGGAGCCGCAUCUUCUUUUCCGGGGUUCUUCAGCGAAACGGAACGUGCGUGCUGCGAAGGCCACGGGGGCAGCGCCGACGCGCCCGGUUCCAGCGUGUGCAGAGGCCCUCCAAACAGAGACCGCGCCUAUCCUCACCCUUCGCCUCCCCUUCUUCCAGCGCCUUAUGGGGAUCUUGACCCGCGCCAGCCGUUCUCGUCUCUCCCUCCUGUGUUUCCAGGUUCUUCCUCGUCCUUCCCCGCUGCCUUUUUUCACGAGUCGUCUGUCCCUGCCUCGCCUUAUCCUUCGUCUGCUUCUGCGUCGCCUCCUCUGCCCCCCCUUUCUUCGCUUCGGCCACUCCUUCCCCCUGGAUCCUCGUCGCCAGCCUUCCCCCGUUCCACCUCGGCCGGGUUCCCCUUUGAUUCGUGGGGCUCUCCUGCGCUGUCCAGUGUCUCCGGGAUGCCUUCCGACUUCUCGUCCUCUCUCGCUUCUCUUCCGUUCUCGCCGUUUCCCUACAGCCUCCCCGCGGAGGCGCAGCGCUGCGGGGCCUUUCAGCCCCCGCCGGGUUCCGUCGCCCCACCCCACGCUCGCGACUGUGGCGGGUCAGGCGCCCAGCUCGGCGCCGAGGCCGACUCGCACACGAGUGAGGAGCGGCACUUCCUGGCAGCCUCGUACAGCCUUCUUGGGGCGUCGGGCGGAGGCGACGGACGGGACGGCGCGUUCGAGACCCAUCUCUGGCGGCAGAUGGGCGGGCACGAAGAGCUCGGUUCCCCUGGAGCUCUCCGGCCGUACCUCUGCGAGGACACCUGUAAGCAGACUCCCCCCUCGUCUUAUGCGGCCUCCGCUUUGUACGAAGCACGAGACCCAAGGGAAGACGAAUGCGCGCCCUACUACACCGGAGAUCCGUUCUUUUACUAUCCCGAACCCCACCAGACGCCUUCGCUUGCGUCGCCGUAUCCCCCGUUCUCUCCCUCUCCUGCCGCGCCGUCGGGCCUCUACGUGGACAUGCCUUCCCAGGCCGCGCCGCAUCCUCCCGGUUGGCCGAGCAGCUGUGAAGGCGCGCGUGCUUCCACUUCAGGUUCUUCUGCGCCUCGGAGCGGGCGGCGGAAACGGCGGCGGUCGCCGGAAACCGGUUCCUCUGCGUCGCCUCCCGAGGGUCUUGACUCCGCGCUCGCGUACUCGCCGUCGUGUCUCCCUUUCGCCGUCCCCAGCGCCGUGAAGGCCGCGGGGCGCAAGCGGCGCGUUCCGGCCUCGCUGCCGACGCAGACGGACCGGAGUCACAAGGACUUUCUGCUCGAACUUCUCGCCUCGCAGUUGGAGCCGGUGAAGGGCGUGCACAUGGAUCGGCUGCGGAAGACUUGGGUUGCUUCCUGGCUGGUGGGCAAGCGGCGGAUUACGCGGAUCUUCUCCUUCCAGAAGUUUGGCUUCUUCGGCGCGCGCGAGCAGGCGAUUCGCCACCGCCGCGAAGCGCUGUUGAAUCCGGAGAUCGAGGACCCGGUGCGGCGGCGCGCCGUCGAGAACCUCGCGACGGCCUCGGACGAAGCACUUCAGCUGGCCGCUGACGCGCUACCCUUUGUCGUGGGCGUGACGUACCACCGGGACGGUCGCUGCUGGGUGGCGAAUCACCGGAAGCCGAUGGGGAAGAUUGUGCAGCGGAAAAAGUUCGAGGUCGCCGAGUGGGGCUUCCUCGGGGCGCGGUACCGCGCGGCCGUGAUGAUGUUUUGCUGGAACAAGCAGGGCCGGACGCAGGAGCCCGAGGACUACGACCAAGGCGCCACAGAGGCCUUCAACUGCAAGCAGGUGAGGCAACGCCCUGGCGAGGACCGCGACUUCGUCCUCUCCCACGCAGCCUGCUCGGACUCCGAGCCGCUCUACCUCCUCCGGCCCUUCGACGGAGGCACCUGCGACGACGCGAUGGUCCUCCUCGCCUUCAUCUGCGGCAGCCCGUGGAGGAAGAUCUGCCGGGGCCAGCAGUGCGGAGACGACCCGACGCUCUUGGAGGCUGCCGUCACGAUUCAGUCUGAGAAGCCGCUGUGGCGCACGCGCGUGAAAGCGCCGUCUGACGAGGAAGACCCGCGAGACAGCGAGGCCGAGAGUGCAGGCGUCUCGCGGGCUUUCGCGGGCGCUUCCCAAGACGGCCGGGCCAGUGGAGGCCGCAAGCCCCGGCUCAGGGCCAGGCAGCGAACCCAGGAAACUGAAGAGGACGCGGACGAAGAAGAGGGAGAGGAAGGAGAAGACGGAGACCGAUUUCGGUCUUCUCAGGAGACAGAAGGAAGGAGGCGCGGGGGAGGCCAGCGCGCGAACUGGAGAGCCGAGGGAAGGCGGGCGGAUGAUAACAGGGAAGAGGGGAUCUGGGACGGCCGGGGCCUCGGCGUCGCGAGCGCAGUGAAAAACGAAGAAGGCACAGACAGCGAACCUGAGGGCCGAGGAAACGCCUCGCCUCGGACGAGGAGAGGCCGGAAUCACGCGCCGACACCCGGGGGAAACGGCGCUCAAUGGCAUGGCGGGGAAGACGUGUCGGGGGGGAACAUGCAAACCGAACAGGAGGAGAACACUUGGCGGAGUUCGUCUCUGGGCCUUUCAGCCUCGGUCCUGGGGUUAGUCGAGAACAGACGCCAGAAGGGCGCCCAAAGGGGAGACAGACACACACAGGCGCGGCAUGGAGACGCGCGCGAGGAAAGGGAAGAAGGCAGAAGCGUCUAUGGCGGGUACCCGCAGACUGGCCCGGCCCCUGCGCCUUGUGGAUCUUCUGCGGCUUCGCCAGCUGCGUCGACCGCCGCGGCGUUCUUCUUGGAGCGGCAGAAAGAACAGGUACGAGAGGGACAAAACAUGUUUCUCCUUCCGUCUGAACACCGAAACGUGACAGCACGUGGCUGGGCGCCUGCUGGCGGGGUCGACGGAUUCGCCGUUCCGCAGCACGCCCCGCCUUUCUUGCAAAAUGAAGGGGACUUUGGAGGGCCAACCCCGUCGCACACUUGCGGCCUCUCGGAGUGGUUCACGGCCUCCAACGCCUACGGGAUGAUCCCGUCUGUUAAUCUGAACUUCGACGCCGACGUUUUUUCUGCCCAUCGGGACUCCCUCCAGAAUUGCCCUGACGGCGCUCAGACGGCUUCCUACGCAAAUCCCUUUCCGUGUGCAGCGCCCAAUGGAUUUCACUCCGGGCUCCAUGUCCUUGAGAUUCCAGAGUACCCACAUGUCGCACAUCAGCGGGCGUUCGCCUCGUGGCCGAAAAAUUGGCCAGUGUUGUCUUCGCCCCUCCCUGCCGCGUGUCCCUGGCCGACGACGCCCUUGGGAGACUUCCCCGCCACGGGCGCGUCCGGAGCGGAGAGAGGCGAGACGCAGUCUGCAGGUGACACAGAGAUCUCCGUAUCUCAGGCGCAAUUCAACUUUUAUCCGGUUCACAGAAACUGGCCCAUUUCGCAUCUCGACGCGCUCACGAAUCCUUUUCUCUACCACGCUAACGCACUCACGAGCCGCACCCCAGCGCCUAGCGACGUGCCUGUCUUUUUUCCGGGGGAUCCUUCGCCCGUUGCGCUCCCCCUGUGUUCGCCUCUUGCCCCGCCGUGCUGGCCGGCAGAUUUGGAGGGUGCCGGAGAGCGUUUGCAUGCAGCGAUGACUGAGGGGAACGGAUCCAUUUUUCGCUGCAGUGACGCGUCGCGUUCGACUUCCGAGAGCCGUGGAAGCCCUACGCCGCCUCUAGCGCUCUGCCACAGUCCCCCUGUUGACGGUCUGAGCCUCAGCUCUUUCAGUGGCGCCGCGUUUGACCCCAAGAGUCGGCAGUUUGUUCCAGGCAGUUUCCAGGAGACAAACGGAGUGGACGAGAGAAGUGCUGACCUCUGUUUUCCUCAAGCUGUCAGGUUCUCGGCGAAGAACACCGGGCUGACGCGCCCCACGGCAAGCGAAGGCGGCGACCGCACGGUGUUUGGAAGUGGAGGAAAAGAUGAGGCAAAUCACUGGACGGGUUCCGUCGUGACUGGCAGCAAAGAGAGUGGCGAAAGUGUCUCGAUUUCUCUUUCGACUUCUCCAACGGGGCACUCGCGCCGCUGUCAGACGCCUUGUCUGGAGGGCUACCGUGGUACCCCGCAUUUGCCCGAGGAUGCAGGAAACGCAGCUUCGUCGCCGGUGCUCUCCGCUUUGGGCCGUGCACCGUUGUCCUCUUUCGCUUGGUCCUACGCCUCUCCGCCGUGCGCGCUUUCUUCGACUCCCUUCCCGAUUUCCACGUCCUUUUCCGCCCCUCUGGGGGAUCUUUCGUCUCUGGAGACGCGCGCAGUCGCGGCUGCUUGCGCACAGGCAGACCCCAGACUAGGUGACGCGAAGAGCGACGGGGAGGUGGGCAACUGCGAUGAAGCAGGAAAGCCGGAAGACGCGGCAGGGGAGCCUGUCGGAGGCGCGAAGCCGUCGAACGGAAAAAGCAAGAAAGAGAACCGAGACACAACGGCCCCAUGCAACGGGUCCGGAGUGUAUCAGCGGCGCUCACAACGCGAGAAGAGGAAAUUCCCGUUUGUCGAGGGGACAAACGGCGAGAGAAGGUCGGCGCGGCUUUCCGGGGCUGAGGCGAGUCACCACAGAAAGGCAGAAACCGCGGAAGGUGCGGAGCCGUCGGUCGGCACUGCCGGGAAGAUUCGCCCACGCGAGAGCAACGCGAGCGAGGGAAACGAAAAACGCUCGCCACACACAACCUCUGAGAGAAGCAAAAUCUACGGAGAAGCCGCAUUGCUUGAUAAACAAGUCGAUGCUUUGCCCACGCUCCUUUCGCAUGGAUCCUUUCCAUAA